AUUUUUUGUAGUGGUAUGACUGGGUGUUACCAGCCGACAGAAACCGAUCUCGUCGAUUGUGGACGUGCUUUUUAAAAUGGUGUUGUCAACAAUGAAAAGAAUUUUUUUUUUAUAGUGUUCAUAAACUGUUUAACAAAUUUAAUAGUUACACUAAUGUAAAAUACUUGAAAUUUACAUAGAGAAAAUGAACGGUCUAAGUUUAAGUGAAUUGUGCUGUCUGUUUUGUUGCCCACCAUGCCCUAGCAAAAUAUCAGCUAAACUAGCCUUCUUACCACCUGAACCCACAUACGAAUUCGUUUCGGAUGAAAAUGGAAAAUACACUUUGGCGCUGACUGAACGGGCAGAAUGGCAAUUUUCCGAAAGAGAAAAAGAAAAUAUAGAAGUAUUCUUCACAAGUACAAACAGACGGAAUCGCAUAGCCUGCCUUUUCGUUAGAUGUAGUAAUACUGCCAGAUUUACAAUCUUAUUUUCACAUGGAAAUGCCGUAGAUUUGGGACAAAUGAGUAGUUUUUACCUUGGUUUAGGCUCCCGUAUUAAUUGUAAUAUAUUCAGUUAUGAUUAUUCAGGAUAUGGUGUAAGUGCAGGGAAACCGUCAGAAAAGAAUUUGUACGCAGACAUUGAUGCUGCUUGGACAGCACUUAGGACUAGAUACGGUAUAAGCCCUGAGAAUAUUAUACUUUAUGGUCAAAGCAUUGGCACCGUACCCACUGUUGAUUUAGCUGCUAGAUAUGAAGUUGGAGCUGUGAUAUUGCAUUCUCCUCUCAUGUCCGGCAUGAGAGUAGCCUUUCCUAAUACAAAGAGGACUUGGUUUUUUGAUGCCUUUCCCAGUAUUGACAAAGUUCCAAAGGUUAUGUCACCUACUCUAAUAAUUCAUGGGACUGAAGAUGAGGUAAUAGACUUUUCUCAUGGGCUAACCAUUUUUGAAAAAUGUCCAAAAGCCGUAGAACCCUUAUGGGUCGAGGGCGCUGGCCACAACGAUGUAGAAUUGUAUUCUGUAUAUUUAGAGAGGCUCAAGCAAUUCGUUCGAUCAGAAUUAGACAACGAUAACUGACAAUUGCUAGGAGAAGAUGUUACAUUUAGUUCAGGUACAUCCAGUUCCGUAGCCGAGAAGCUUCUUUAGCUAGUGGAAGCAGGAUCGGCGCACGUUUCUCUGCAGUCGAUAUCCUGCAAAAAUACGAGAACAAUAUUGUGUUAAUUUGUACAGUGUGCCAGCAAAAGUCGGUUCUUGGUGUUAAUAUUAUUAUUUUGAGACUGCUAGCCUCAAUGGGUUUUGUUCAAUUUAUCUGGAAUAUAUUCGUUCUUACUGUACAUCUAAAUGAAAAAAAGUAAGUCUGAUACAAUUGAAUGUGAAUACUUAACUAUUGCCUUAAACUUUGCAAUACAAUAUCUGUCUCUAUAAAUAAGAAUUUAAUUUCAUUAAAAUGUAAUAGAUGUUUUUUGAUGUGAUUGCAGUAAGAAUGAUCUUUAUUUGGAAUACGAUUUAUCCUUAACUAUGUAAUUUCCCAAGCUGUAAUAUUUAUAACCAUGCGGUCAUUUAAAAUAAAUAGAAAUAAUUGCUUGUUAAAAUUCAUAACAUGUACUUUAUCUAACAUAUUUUUUAAUAUAAAUAAUGAUCUUUUACGAUAUGAACUUUAUUUUUACAAACAAAAUACAAAAAGUACAUAAUUUAGAAAGUGCUAGUAAUGUACAAAAUUCUUUUACACGAAGUCACACACUCGAUGAUGAACAAUAUAAUAUGUGUAAAUUAAAUUUUUUGCAACAUUUGUAGAUUAUGCAUUGAACAAAAAAUCCCGUAUGCCUAGAUGUUGGUUUUUUAAGAAAAAUCGUAUUCUUUCAAUAAAUUGUAGGAAGCUCUUGAAUCGCAUUUUUUACUGUAAAUAUUGUUACUUGUGAACUUAUCAAAUGUGAAUAUCUGAAGACAAUCUUUUAAGUGAUGCAAUAUUUAGGGGAUUCUAGAGUACAUGAAAACUUAAGUUUUCUUUGUCUUACCUCCUAUUUUCUUCAAUUUGUAAGUUAUUUAUUUAUUAUAUUUUCUUAAAUUAAUUGUGAAAGUGUCAUUGGGUAAUAUUGUGCUCGAUAUUAAGUUUAAGGAAUUGUUUAGAGAAUAUAAUAGUUUCGUUUUUACGAUUUAAAUUAGGUUUUGGUUAACACUUUUUGGAAUUUUCACUACUUAUUACUUAAUACAUAUUUUCCUAAGAUAAUUAAAAAUAGCUUCUAUAUUUUAUUUUAUUACAAAAAUCUUAC